AUUUGAUGUCUUCAUGUCAGAUAUCACUAUGUGGGACAUGGGAUCUGUUGCAUACUCAUCUGAGGCAAUCUGAAUGGGAAAAUUGUGGGAAUGGUCUUGACAAACUUACAUAUAAACAGAAACGUUGUGAAAUGUUGCAUAUUUGUCUCUUAACCUUAUAAUGAAAGGAUGGAUUUUGUAUCUUUAAAUGUAUUUUAAGGCAGCAUAUUCUCAGACACUGUUGCACAAUGACUCAGCUGGUACAUCUGACAUGUCAACAAACACAGUUAAUACACAAACCCAUAUAUUUAACCCAUAUUUAUAAAGUCUCAUCAUGUCUAUUACCGUAGCAACAUAUGAAAAUAAAGGGGUUUGUGAUCAGAAAAGUUGACUGAAAGAUGUAUUUCUUGCACAUAUUCUUCUUGGUUGGAGUUUUUAGCAUGAAAGCAAACGAGGAAGUAGUCUAAGCCCACACUUCAUUCAAGAAAAGGGGCGUUCACACCGGCCCUGUUUAGUGCGGUUAAAUUCAACCCUGUUUACCCCCUUUGGUUUCAGUUUGUUUCGGUUUGUUACUUCUCCAAACUUGAAUCGAAUGUGGAGCAAAACUUCCCUUUUGCUCCAUGUUCGGUUGUCGUUGUUUCCAACCUGGUCUCGUCCAUGUUCUGUGCCCGUUCCCAUCUAUGUUACCUGCCUGUUCCUGUCUGUCCGUUUAACUGCUCCUGUUCGUGGUGUUCCCUGUGUCCCCUUGGGGUUAGUGUUGGUUAGGUUCUUCUUUGUUUUUAAGUAAAGCUUUAAUUUGAAUAAAUCCUGCCUUUUGUUUGGACCUGGAUAUCGGCCUUCCUGUCUCUGUACUGUGGUUGGGUCCUAUCUCCCCCACACCGUGACAUUUAGCCACACAAUGUUUCUCAAUGCCUCCUUUCCACUCCUGAAGCCUUCCAAGAAUGACCAGGCAUCAAUUAAGGAGGCUGAAGCCAUAAUGGAAAACAUCUCCAUUGUCCUCUACGCUGUUACUGUCCUGCUUGGCAUCCCAGGGAACUCCAUAGUGAUCUGGGUGGUUAGAUUCAAACUCAAGCCAAAGGUAACCAACGUGUGGCUGGUGAAUCUGGCGAUAGCAGACUUGAUCUUCUGCAUCACGAGAAUCUUCUCCCUCACUAAAAACCUCUUCUUCGACCACUGGCCAUUUGGCAUCUUCAUCUGCAAGUUCAACGGCUUCUUCAAGUACGCCAAUAUGUUCUGCUCCGUCUUCCUGUUGGCUGUGAUCAGUGUGGACCGAGCCCUGUGCGUCUGGCAUCCCGUCCUCACAAAGCGGCAUCGUAGCAUAUGGGCCGCCAGAGUGGUGGCUUUCUGUGUUUGGUGCUCAGCGAUCAUCUUAAGCACUCCAUACUUUGUCUACCGCAAAGUCUACCUGGGGAAGAACAACCUGAGCAAGUGCUCUUUGGAGGUGAAGGAGGGAAAUACCAUUGCUAAACCAAUUCUCUACUCAAUCCGCUUCCUCUUUGGCUUCAUGCUGCCUUUCCUGGUCAUCCUCAUCUGUUACAUCCUUUCAGCAAUUGGUAUCCGUCGCACCCGCAUCGCAGGGAAGUCUCGCCCCCUGCGCAUAUUGGCAUCAUUAGUUGCUGCCUUCUUCCUCUGCUGGGCGCCUUACCACUGCCUCCUGUUGGUGAAGAUGGUGGACAACAAGAACUCUGUACUGAAAAUCUGGCACCCUUUGGCGAAGGGCGUCGCCUUUUUGAACAGCUGUGUUAACCCGCUGUUGUACUUCUGCAUGGGGUUGGAAGUGAGGGGGCGGUUCAGGCAUAGUCUCGCGCGGGUGUACAGUAGAGCUCUGGCAGACUAUGUGGAAGGACAGGUGACCCAAUCCCACGACCAAUCUCGGGAUGAAAGCAGCGGGCCAAAGCACAGUACUGCUGUAGUGGCAGGAAGCAGUCACACAAUAGUGUGACUCCCAAAGUUUCCUGAACAUGUCUUUGAGACUUUGAAACUGGUGGUUUUUAUUAUUAAGUCACACUGGAAUGGCAGUUGUCUGUGAUUUAGAUCAAAUAUCUCACAUAUGUUUAGAUCAGCUAACUAAAUCCUAAUUGAAUGGAUAGCUUUAUGAUAAACUUCCCUUUAAGUGACCUAAAAUGACACAUAUUGACAUACAACAAAAUAUACCAGGACUGCCAAAAAGAUAAGAUCUUGGAAAAGUAAUUUGUUUUUGUUUUUUUAAUGUCUUGUAUUACAAAUUCUACAGAAGAAAAAAAGAGGAACUCAUUAAUACCAACAUCCCUGUUGUCAAAUAUGCUGUGUAGCUAUCGUUUUUUUUUUUUUGCAGGGCAUUCUUUUUGAAAAUAUCCUCCAAGAGUCUAAUCUACUGUUUAUUGCAUGUUCAUAUGUAUAGAAGUAUUCAUAGUGCUCAUUCUUGCAGACCAUGGAAGUUGUAUAAAGUGCCACUGAAAUAUAGUAGAAGGUAAUACGGUUUGUUAUAGUAAAAGGAGUAGUAUAAUAUUAUUAUUAACUGACUUUCUCAGUAUUUUUGAUCAAAGCAAUCCUAUGCCUAAAAUGUAAACCUCAUGAUGAAGUGGCUCAUUGGACACAUGUUGAUAUACGGAGAUCAGAUUCACAAUUUCCUGUAAACUGUGUACUGAUGUUUGUUAUUUAAGUCACGGAUGAAAAGUGGAACUGUGGUAAGUCUGGAGACAUAGGAAAGACAAGAGAGGGAAGUGAGACUAUUCAAAGGAAAGCCAGUUAUAACUUGACACUGUCCUGUAGUGAGGGGUCAAACUGAAGGAAAGAUGAAAUGAAACUGUGCAUUAAAUCCAUUUGAAAAAAAGUGCAUUCACUAGAGUGCAGAUCUCUGCCUCUGGUUUCUUACAACAACACAGUCAAAAAAGACAGGAUAUUUAUUAGCUGUGAGCUAUUAGCCACACACACGAUGGAGUAAAGAGACCAACAGUCAUGACGGUAUUAAACAAACAAUAAACUCAAUUUUCCCAAAAUUUGAAUCAUCACAACCACAAGACCUUUAACAUACAGUGAUGAAUACAACAAAAUAUUGGUCUUAUUGGUCCAGUAGUAUGGGAGAUUAGCCAUGGAAAACAAGGAAAUGUAAAGGUAGGACCGUCCUUGGGUUCAUACGCAUAUCUUGUGUUCUACCAUCAGAUACGGUCAAAAGGGUUUCAUUAGUGUAAUUGUAAACUCUGUGGGCAGUUUAUUUGUUGCUGUUAUGGGACACAUGCACAUGUAAAAUAAUAAAAUCAAGCCUUGACCAACACAACAAACAUCAGUCCUUAGCAACUGGCUCAUAAAACAUAGCUCUAUCAACUCUUCAGAUUACUUUCACCUCACUAAGAUACACAUAUAUGCAAUCAUGCGGUUGAUCUUUAAAGGUAUUAUGGUACUUCUGUUCUGCUGAGUAGGCCUACUGUAGCAGCAGUAUUAUGAUGAAUUUUUGAAGCUCACAGAGUCACACUUUGAUGUAAAGUUCACAGCAAAGAGGGCUAAUGACCUUAUUUCACACUUUGUUGUUGUACAUUUGUUUAAAACAUCUGUGUCAUAUAAUCAUACUGUAUUAAAUACUACUAUAACAUGCUAAUAUCAAGUCCUAGCAAAUAUUUAUAUAUAUUGUGCAAAGGUGUCAACCCAGAGGCCAAAAGCUGCAACAACCACAAGUUACCAGUGAUGGUGGUCCGGGAUAAUUUAAAGUUUGUUGUAGAGUUUUAAUUUUGCUGUCUAUACGCUGGCUACAGCCAACCAAAAGCAUACUUGGCAUUGUCAUAACAUGACAAAUAAAAACAUUUGUUUUUUUUCAAAGAUU